AUGGCCGGCACCAACUGCAAGGAUUGUGGCCGCUUCCGCCCAAAGGAUCCCGCACUCCCAUGCAAGACAUGCACGCGGUUCCUUCGAUCUUAUGGGCAAUAUUUCUUCUUUAGCAGGUCCGAGGAGAUGGAACGGGCUCGAAAGGAUGAUGAGGUCGUGCUCCCCCUUCAACAGUUGCGCCAAGACGAAAAACUUAAAGACUACACCGAGACCGACCUCAUGGAGCAGUCCUUCUCCUCAAUCGCCUCACUCUCCUCCGACACCAUCCGGGAGCUGAUGAAGGAUAUGCUGGGACCC